AUGCAGGACCUUUGGCACCUGAAAACUGACUGGGAUGAAUCCUUACCAAUAGACCUGUACACCAAAUGGAAACGCUACGAAGCUGAAUUACCAUAUUUAAAAGACUUAAGCUUACCACGACCAGUGAUUGCACUAGACGACUUUAUCAUUUGGAAUUUCACGGCUUUGCAGACGCUAGCGAGUCAGCAUACAGUGCCUAGUCUUUCCAUACCGAGACUCGAGCUGUGUGCGGCCCUACUAUUGACACAACUGUCUGAUAAAAUUUUGAAAUGUCUAACACACGAAGCACAGGCAUUAUUUUUAUGGACCGAUUCUACAAUUAUAUUGGCGUGGCUACAAGCAUGCAGUCGUUUGUGGACACCAUUUGUAGCCAACCGCGCUGGUGAAAUACACCAACUAACCAAUAUACAGAAUUGGCAUCACAUACGAAGCCAAGAUAAUCCGGCGGAUCUUCUUUCAAGAGGCAUUAUGCCAAUGUCACUUCAACAUUCAAGCAACUGGUGGUCAGGACCAUCAUGGCUAAGCCUCAAUCAAGAAGAAUGGCCACAUUUUCCAUAUGACAUAACCAAGGAGAACAUUCCCGAACGCAAAUCUACUGCAAUUGCCACUAUUGCCAUUUCAGAACCAUUCUUGGAUUUUGUUAAACGUUUAAAAAUUAACUCUACUGAAGAACUACAAGCAUCUUAUAAUAAGGCUGAGCCUAUUUUGUCUGACGAAACAGAACAUGCAUCCAAGGUAAUAAUAAAGGUAAUUCAGAAGACACAUUUCAGAGAGGAAAUUGAGUCACUCGCCACUCAUCAAGCCAUACAUAAAAACAGUACUGUACUUCGUUUGAAUCCAUUUCUUGACGAGUUCGGAAUUCUAAGAGUUAGCGGUAAUCUCAAAUUUUCAGACCUUCCCUAUGAUGCUAAACAUCAAAUUUUAUUACCAGGUCAUUAUCCAUUUUCACGGCUCAUAAUUAACUACGAACAUGAAAGGCAUCUUCAUGCAGGGCCACAAGCUACAUUAGCUGCUGUCCGCCAGAAGUACUGGCUUGUAUCUGCUAGAGACGUGGUUCGUCAAAUUACUCGAGCUGAACGUGAAUUGAAGGAAUUAGCAAUGAUGCUUAACAUUCAAGACAACCAACACAAAAUUAUCAACUACAUGUCUGUCAAACAAAUCCGUUGGCACUUCAUUCCUCCUAGAGCAUCUCACCAUGGAGGACUAUGGGAGGCUGCAGUAAAGAAUACUAAGUGCCACCUUCUUCGCGUGACAAAAAAUGCUCAAUUGAGGCAAGGGUACUAG